AUGGAUCCAUCAUCAAUCACUCAAGUAACGGAAAGAUCUGCCCAACGGAAGAAAAGGCUGUCAAGGCCACAAGUCAAGGAAGAUCAACGGAAACCUGACCUUAUUCUUGGAAAGAAUCAAUUUGCGAUUCCUUUCAAGAAUCAAUUCCCUUGGAUUGCAGUUGUAUUGGUCGCUGGUCUUCGUGCAGAACAUGAUAAGGAAGUAAUUUACUGGCAAGAAAUAGGUGAAACUUUGAAGUCAAAACUAGAAGAGGACCAGAAAGUUCCUGUUCAAAAACUGAUACGACUGUGGAUAGCUGAAAAUUUUAUUGAAGCCAGUAUUACAUCAAAGAGCUUAGAGAUGAUUGCAAUGGAUUACUUGACGGAUUUAAUUAGGAGCAACCUAGUGAUGAUGGCUAAAAUAAAUUCCUUAGGGGAGAUCAAAGCUGUCCAUAUUCAUGAUUUAAUACACGAAUUUAGCUUGGUGCAAGCUAAAAAGGACAACUUUUUGCCGAGGAUAAAUGAACUUGGUAUAUUUCCAUCUUCUGAGAAUCAUUGUAAACGUGUGAAUGUUUUAGCACCUUGUCAAGUGCUUCUUGGAGAUAAAUUUAGCUUUGGACGAAAUAUCAACACCUUACGAUUCCUUCCCAGUGUAAAUUCUCCUUUUGUUGAUUAUGAUUUGAGUAAAUCCCGGAAACAUCUCAGAGUAUUAGAUUUUGGUUCCGUAAAGCUGUGUAGGACAAGUAUAGAUGCAUUACAAUAUCUAAUUCAUUUGAAGUAUUUGGAGCUGCAGUUGUACUUGUACUUUGAUCACAUUCCAAAUUCAAUAUGCAACCUGAAGGAGCUAGAGACGUUUAUAGUGACAGGAAUCUGUUGUCAAGCCUGCAAUCCAAAAACCAUUUGGGGCAUGAUAAGCUUGAGGCAUCUGCAUAUAAAUGAUCUUUAUAUAGAUCUGUCCGAAAACCAAUUAGAGGAUCUUGACAAUUUACAAACCUGUUCUGGUAUGGUUAUUUAUCCUGGGGGGGUGGGGGAUCUCCAGUAUUUUAUGAAAAGAUUUCCCAAUCUUGAAAAGCUUAGUUGUCAAUUGUAUGGUUCAGGAACCCCUUCUGGCAAUUUCUUUCCUGCUUUUGAAACUCUCAGUCAGCUCAAAUCUCUCAAGAUCGGUGUCUCGAGGGCGGUGGUAGAUCCCUAUGGUUUUGAGGACUUCACAUACCCCUCAAACCUCAAGAAAUUAACUCUAGUAUAUCUUAGGCUCCCCUGGAGUAAACUUUCAACCAUUGGCAGACUGUCCAACCUUGAAGUUCUGAAAUUAGAAGAAAGUUCUUUCAUCGGGAGAAAAUGGGACGUUAACGAUGGGGAGUUUCCUAGCCUUAAAGUUUUGAAAUUAAAGAAACUAGGAUUCUCAGAAUGGACUGCCUCCGAUGACUCGUAUCCUAACCUUCAGAAAGUAAUGGUGCAUAGUUGUUGGAGCCUAGAGGAAAUCCCUGAAUGUUUCGGAAGCAAUUGUACACUGCAACUGAUUGAGCUUAGAUCAUGCGGAGACAAUGUUGUAAAUUCUGCUUUGAAAGUUAAGGAAAUGCAAAUUGAGGAGAUGGGAAAUUCUGAAUUCAAGGUCAUUAUUUCUAAGUGA